AUGCCGUCUAUUCUCCUAAACAUGGGGCCACUUCCCGUUAAUAUAUCCGCAUCUCUUUCCAUAGUAAUAGUUACCGCGGCGGCGCUGCCAGGUGUCGUAUCUUAUUAUGAAGCUCCAGAUAGUAUAAAGUUGGCGAUUCGUCGGCUCGAUAUGAUUAUGGAUAUGAUUAUGGAUGUUCUCCCCAAAAGAUCCCUGUUCUUCCUUCUCCUACUGAAUCUAAUGUUAGGCAUGGAGCCUAGUAGUACAUAUAGUUAUAGAUCUAGAUACUUAUAG